AUGGUGACCUCUAAAUUCCUUCAACUUAUACUGGCAAUAGCAAGCGUUGUCCCGGCGAGUGCAGUCGCCGGCUUUAAGAGCUCUUAUGACUACAUCAUCGUAGGAGGCGGUACAGCCGGUAUGACGGUCGCUUCCAGACUGUCUGCAAGUACAGCCAAUAGUGUUCUUGUCGUUGAAGCGGGAAUGCCGGAUAAUUAUGAAGCCGCGGUCAUGAUCCCUCGGUUCUACCCCGGGGCAUCUGGGUUUUCUCCGGGCACUCGGUACGACUGGAAUUUGACCACAGUUCCCCAAAGAUAUCUCCAGGGGCAGACAGUCAAUCUUACUCAAGGCCAUGCGAUCGGCGGAAGCAGCACAGUUAAUGCAAUGAUAUUCGAUAGGGGCAUGCCCUCCAACUAUGAUGCGUGGGAAGCCUUUGGAAACCCAGGUUGGGGGUUUGACGGCAUACUGCCUUAUUUCAAAAAGAGCGAGUCCUUUACAGCUGCACCACCGGAUCAUGCCUUAUUGUAUGGACUCACGCAUGAACCGUCUUGUCAUGGUUAUGAUGGCCCCGUCAAAUCAAGCUACUUGGCUUGGUCGCAUCCUAAUAACACAAAUUUCCUGAAUGCCAUGCAUGGCCUCGGUGUGAGCUCGCCUGUAGACCAAGGAUGCAACCCUCUAGGAGCAUACCUCACGACACACUCAAUUGAUCCCCGUAAUCAGUCGAGAUCAAGUGCAAGAACCUCCUACUAUGAUUACAUCUUCGACAGACCAAACUUGGACAUCGUUGCUGGGCAUUAUGUAACCAGAAUCAUUUUGGAAAAUGAAUCGGGAAAAAUGACUGCCAAAGGCGUUGAGUUUUCUACUGGACCAGAGUCAGUUUUACAGAAUGUACUGGCAAGAAAAGAAGUCAUCAUUGCAGCCGGCGCUUUGAAUACGCCUAAACUUUUGCAGCUUUCUGGAAUUGGCCCAGCAUCUGUUUUGUCUAAAGCUGGUGUCAAGACCGUUGUAGACUUGCCCGGAGUUGGCGCGAACCUCCAAGACCAUCCGUUUGGGUUACUUCUGGCCUCUUUAAACCCCGAGAUUCCCGGAAAUUCAGAUCUUGACAACACCACUUUCGAUGCUGAGCAACGUGAUUUGUAUUACAAUGAGAGGAAAGGCCGCUGGACCGAUACCAUCGCCGAAGCUCUUGCUUUCAUUCCACUCAACAAUUUCACAACAGCAAGCGAAGCUAGCAAUCUCCUUUCCAUUGUCAAGAAUAACUCGGCGCAAUACCUCUCCCAAGGAAUCGACCAAACCGUGAAAAAUGGCUAUGAGAAACAAGUGGAGCAGAUUCUAUCUAUGCACGAAAAGGGCUCGACAGCCGCAAUGGAGCUACUCUAUGUCGAUGGAGGCCGUUCAGUGGUAAAUAUCUUGAUGCAUCCUCUCAGCAGAGGAACUGUGUCUAUCACAUCGCCAGAUCCCUUCUCACAACCCAUGAUUGAUCCGCGCUAUUUUUCUCACCCUUACGAUGGCGACGUUCUCGUUGAAUCAUUGAGAUUCAACAGGAAAUUGUUGGCCACUGAGCCUGUACAAGCUUUGGGCGCAGUGGAGACACUCCCUGGAAAAGAAACAGAAAGCGAUGCGGACAUUCUCAAGUUUAUCAAGGGAAUUACUUCAACAGAAUUUCACUACACUGGUACCUGCGCCAUGCUUCCCAAAACCUUGGGCGGGGUUGUGAGUCCAGAUUUACGGGUUUAUGGAGUUGAGGGGCUGAGAGUUGUCGAUGCGAGCAUUAUGCCUCUUUUGCCAUCGGCACAUACUCAAGCAACCGUAUAUGCUAUCGCAGAAAAGGCAGCGGACAUUAUCAUGAGUUGA